AUCAGUGUCAUGGCGCUGCUGGGGACAUUGGCCGUUAAAUGCUGUCGGUCGUUACUUUCUAGACCAAAUAAAGGGAUUUUUAGAGGAGUUUUACGUCCAGACUGGAUUCAGGUCUGCAUUGGAGCUAAGAGACAUUUAUUGUCAGAAGAUGUCAUCAGACUGCAGGAUUUCCAGCAAAGGAAGCUGGCUGUGGCUCAUCUGGUUAACGGUUCAGAAGGCAAUUAUAUUGAGUUGUUCAAAGCAAAGAUGCAGAGGAAUGAGCUGAUCCUGCGAGAUGAACUGAAGCUGCUUCUCCACCUGUGCCAAACUCCAGAUGAUAUGCUAGUAGCCAGGGAAGCCGUCUAUAGGUAUCACUCGGAAAACCGUAACCUUUUGUAUGGAGACUUCAAGUUUGGGCCUCUCUUCAUGAGGCUUUGCUAUGAGCUGGGAAUGGAAGGGAUGGCUGCUGAAACACUACUAGAUAAGAAUAUGAAAGGCUUUUUCAUUGAUUCAACUUCCUUUAACAUCGCCAUCAACAUGCUGUUUAUUAAAGGCUCAUAUGAAAGUGCUAUGGAAGUUUUAAGAACCAUGAGGAGCCAAGGAGUCCCAUUCAAUAAAGACACAGUGACACUGGCGACCGGUACCUGCUAUAAGCUGAAUACAGCAGAAUCCUACAGAAUCUGCUUGUCUUUGAUAGAAGAGGAACAGACCAAAGGACAAUUCAUCCCCCGCCAUGCAUACUGCUUCGCUGUAGCAUUAGCUCUAAAACGGAACAAUCUAGAAAAGGCAAAGUAUAUGUACUCACAAAUUAUGAGCAGUGACAGCAUAUUGUGCCAGAACUUAAAGAUUAUGAUCCUAGCAAUGUCCGGAGAAAUCUCAGAGGCUCUUUCUGUCCUGUCAGCAGCCAUGUUACCCAAAAGUCCAUUUUUUGUGAAGAAGACAGAGUUUGCCCAGGAAGUGGUGGAUUUACUCCGUCUGAGGAGUGAAGGUAGACCACUCGAGAUGAAAGUGGAGCAGAUAGUAGCUCAGCUCCAAAGGGCCUCUCAGGUGACUCAGCAGACCCUCGACGAUAUGCUAUGCCGUGCCCCGACGGGGAAGAGGAAACCAGCUCUAAUGGAGGAGGAGAGGAGGACCAGCCGGAGAACUUUAAGGCCCCUGCAGUCCAAUCUGUUGUCAGAGUGACGCCCAGUACCAACACUUAAAAUCAGCUUUCUCACUAAAGGAUGAGAAAAGUUUAAUGCCACAUUGAAAUAUGAGCUCUGUUACCAGCACAAUCAUGAAAGCCAGUGGUGUUUACCUCGCAUGUAUUAAAUGGGCAGAGUAAGAUAGGAAUAAAUACUUUAAUCUUGCCAGAGUAAGCAGCUCAAAUCUCUUCUAUUGCAUUGUAAAACUUCCCAGGUUGAACCCGAGCUUAUUGCCAUGAAAAAUGAAAGCAUUGUUGGUUAUUUAAAGCUAUUCUUUACCUCUAAGAGGUAUAAAGGAAUCAGAUCACUACUCUGUAGUCAUAUACUGUGCAUCCAAAUUACCUCUUUCUAGCCAACUCUUUACUGGAUUGCUUGGUCUUCAGAGAAGUAUUUUACUCCUUAUUUUCCUGUUCUCUUUACACAUUUUAAAAUCAUCAAGAGAACAACAAUAUUUGUGUUACAUUGCUGCUAAGAAUCCCAUGUUAACAUAACAGUGAUUUAGGAGGGCUGUGUGUAUAUUCUGUAUAGAUGUGUGAAGGAGUGAUUCAAGGUUUGUCAAAUAUUUAAUAAUAAAUGGUUUUAAAAUAAA